CCUUGACAUUAAAUUAAAUAUCUUUCCUUUACACCAGAGAGACAAAGAAAAGGAGAAGAAGAGUGAGUCUUUAUGGUAAGCCAAGAAAAUGAAGGAUAAGAAAAAAGGCAAAGUGCACCCACCUCCACCACCAUCAUCCAAAUCUCCAGAUAAAGAUCCCGACACAGUGUUAAAGCUACUGCCAGUGACUAUUCUAGCUUUAGCCCUCUCUCUUCCUAACCAAGAUCGUGAGGUUUUGGCUUACUUGAUAGCAAGGUCCAUUUUUAUCACCACCACAACAAACCCAUCUUCACUUGUCACCCAACAUCCUAAAAACAAAUGCCAAACCAAGACCGCCCCUACCACUGCCAACAAGAAUGACAAAUAUUGCGGCCAGGAGGUUCCUCCUUUUCAAUGUGGGUGUUUUGAUUGCUACACUAGGUUUUGGUAUAGAUGGGACUCAUCUCCAAACAGAGAUUUUAUCCACCAAGUUAUUGAAGCAUUUGAUGAGCAUUUGGUGCAGAAUAUUGAGUGUCCAAAGAAACACAAGAGACGCAAGAAGAAAGGUAAGGUCUUGAUGAUGGGCCAUUUUGAAUCUGAUAAUAUACCUGAGAAAUCAGUGCCUGAAGCUGAAUGUGAAGUGAUGGUAGUGCAAGAAAAUCUUGAAAGUGGAGAGACUGAGGUUGUGUCCGGAGAGGAGAUAGGGGGGUGUGGGGAGCUGACUGGGAACCUGGAAAUGGAGGUGAUGACAGUACAUUCUUCAGGGUACAAUAAUAACCACAAGGGCCUGGCUAGGAAGGUUUUACCGGCUAUAGUGGGUUUACUGAACUGUCGUUUAUGGAGUAAUCUAUGGAGUCGGGACAUGUAAGAAGCAUGUAUAUGUUUUAAUUCUAGUCAAGGGUUUAGGGGAAAAAAAAUGUUGCUUUUGCAUAAUGGAAACCUUUAAUGUUUUCUUGCAGCAACAGGGAGGGGUUAAUGUUUUGGGGGAAGUCUUUGAUUUUCAUAUGGCAUACAGACACGGUGAUUUAAGUGAAGAACAAUGGAUGAAUGUUGUGGCAUCGAUGGUCUAAUUAUUUUGCAUUAUUAAUUAGAGGGUGUGAUCACAUUGAUUUAUAUUA